UUUCAAAUUUAUUUUUAUUAAAUUACCCAAAAUGUUUCCAACAUUUAUUUUUUCUAAACUUUACUUCAAAACAUUUAUUCUUUUAUUUGUUUCAAUCUCCCAUGUUUUGGCUGUUUCGCCUCCUCCACAACAACAUACAACAAACACUACUUUAAAUGAACAAACAAAUACAACAACCCCUAUUCCUUCCAAAACAACUGCUUCGACAACAACAUUACCUACAACAGCAAAAACAUUAACGACUACAACAACAACAAAAGCCACAACAACAACAACGAUUAAAACAACAGCGAAAACAACACCAAUUUAUAAAAAAAGUCCGCAACAACAACAACAACAUUAUCAACCAAAAAACACCCAACAACGAAAGAAAAUUCUUCACCGUAUUAAUUAUGAAGAGCCAACUAAUUAUCAAUCUUCUUAUGAACGACAUCCUUAUGAAAGGGCUUAUCCUCCAAAAUAUAAUAAUCGAGAAUAUUAUGGAAGUGGAGAAAGAGAAUAUGGGGGAGAUUAUAAAGAAGGUUAUCAAAAUAAGGAAUACCCCAGUCAUAAUGAAUAUAAUAAUGAAGGAAAUUAUGAGCAGUACCAAAAUGGUUAUGAAAAAGAAUAUUAUCCAGCAGAAGAGAAAAAGCCUUACGCUCCUGAAGGGAAUUAUAAUUAUGAGAAAGAAUCAGAAGAAUAUAAUAAUUAUGACGAAUAUAAUCAACAACAACACUAUUCCGGUACUUCCCCUUGGGCUUUUGAUCAAAAUAAACGACAUUCUUAUGAUUCUCAUUACUGCUCAGUCCACGGUUCGUUCUCCCUUGCUUUAGCUACUAGCUAUGGCAAUGAAUACAAUAGCAAUUAUGGAAAAAGUGAGGAAGGGAAAGGUGGAAAUUUUUUUAAUUGA